AUGGCAUCUCAAUGGAACAUCAGUGAACAACACAAGCGUGUUUGCUUGUUCCCCAUGCCAAGGAUACCCCGCCUGGGUCCCAAAGCUCGCGACGGCGCUAUCUACGUCACUGGAGCACUGUUCGCACUCGGAUGGUGGUUCUUUAUCGACUCAGUUAUCCGCUCUAAGAACUGGAACUACGACGACGGUUACAAGAGCGUGUCCGUCGCAUUUGUGGAUUGGGUGCCAGGUAUCUGCAGCACGCUUGGAAUGAUUGUUAUCAGCUGCAUUGACAAGGCAGCACUCAGAGGCGACAGCUUUUCAUUCUCAAGUGGAGGUGGCGCCAGCGUUGCAUGGAAGGCGCGUGUAUUCCUGUUCAUCGGAUUCGCGUUCAUGGCUGGAGGACUUGCCGGUUCAAUCUCGGUGCUCUGCAUCAAGUACAUCCUUCACAAUUAUGGAGCCAUUUUCAACUUCUGGGGCAUCUGUAAUGUUAUCCAGAAUGCCUCUAUCAUGACCAGUGCCGCCAUCCUGUGGGUCGCCCAGAGCACAGAGUCCGAAUACCAAUACAACUUGGCCAUCUAA